AUGGCCGAUCCAUCGCCACCUUCUUCUCUGGACCUGCUGGGUGAUGGGUUCUGUACCUGUUCUUCUGUGCUGCUCAUUGUUGGAGAUGGAGUCAGGCUAAAAGAUACGAUGAAUUCUGAGAGCCGAUAUCUUAAAGAGCCAAAAUUCCGAGGUAACAGGCUUCAAGGAAAGAUGGUUUACUUACUGAAGUAAUGUUUUGGGUUCCCUUUAAUCGGUUUUUGAUAGCACGUUUAAGAUAAUAAGAGUGUUUCCUAAUUUUUAAAAGUGUUCAAGUGAAAUAAAUUGAAUUUAAGAGAUAAUCGACAGUUGCUGUUUCGAUAGGUUACGGUGAUUACAUCAUGCGCAAAAAUUCGAACGAACAGAGCGCGCCGAAAUAAAUGCAAACGUCAUAAAAGCAGAGAUCACUUUUCUUGCUCAAAUGUGCAAGUUUGUAAGAGAUUGCGCUCCAGCUUACAGCUGAACAGUUAAUGAGUUAUUGUGAGCAAAAAAGGUUGAGAAUUACUUUGCUCGUGUGUUAGAGCCCACUAAAAACUUCCCCGAAAUGGUUGGUGUGAAUUCUGCUUUUUUUAAUAGAUAAGUGUUUUCUUCUUUUGAGAGGUUACAGUUUAUGAUGCUUUGUUCAGUCCGUGCGUGGGUAAAUCCUGUUCUUCUCAUUUUAGGUAAAACUUGACCGAAUUAUUGAUAUUCGGCAAAGAAGGAAGAAAGAAUACGAGGAACGGCCAGGCGGCUUUCACCAGAUUUUCGCUACUGCCUUGACUGUCCUCACUGUGGGUUUUAUUCCCAGAAAAAAGGUUUACAAGUUCCCUAUUACAUUCGGAAAUCAAGGUAAGAAUUCUUUUUAUUUACGUAAUUCCUUCGGUCUUCAAUUGAAGAAUUGGCGUUUUUAGUGGCGCGCUGCAUUCGUAAUAGACAGCGAUGCGGUAAAAUAUUAAAAAAACGGCGUUGAAGAAUGGACUGCUCUUUGAUAAAAAUUUAUCUACUUCUUUGUUUAUUUAUCUUUAGUUGCUAAGAUACGUGACGUGAAAAUUUCCGAGAUGUCAACGUAGCGAGCUAAAAACGUAUCACUAAUAAGAUGGAACUGCUUGAAACUCGCGAGGGCGAUCGAUUGCCUCUGUCUCUUAAACCUCGUGAUUGUCUGCAUAUUUAAUCUCUUUAGAAAUUUGCUAUUAAUAUGGUCAUGUUCAAAAAGGCCGUACGUUAAACGCGCGCGCACGACGAAGCGUAAAUUGGGCGCGCGUGAACGAACAAGAGACGCCUGGAAACUUGACGAAGGCUAACUUAAGGGGCGGGUGGAAAGGAAACAGCAUUAGCGUGCGUUAACCCCUAUUUGGAAACGAACAAUGGGCUUCUCUGUCAGGUGUUUUAGAUGAGCGCUGUAUUAAAGGUAUUUGUUUCGAACAAGAAUACAGAAAAAUCUAUUUACGAAAAAAUAGAUAUUGAAGAUCACGGCCGUUAUCAGGUUAUUUUGUAAUAAUUUCAGUUUUGGAGAGCGAGAAGACACAAAAAGAUGGAAAACGGGAAGAAAAAGAGGCUACAAAUGUUACCCAGGAAUUUAAAGGAUCUAAUUCCUUUUGGAAUAAAUUUGCCAUGUUUAAAAGAUAUCAAGGUCCAGGAUGCGGAAUCCUUAAAUCAGUCGACCAAGAACUGAGAGAGCAGAACAAUACAGCGUCCUUCGAGGGAACAAAGAAACUGGACUUGAAGAGGCUAGUCAUAGAGAAUGGAUUGUCUGCAGUGAAGGAGUCCUGUCAUGAUAACAUUGGUGUCGACGCUGGUGCUGCGGUUGAUGUUACGGCUAGAUUUAAAGGUGUUAGUGCCGCUGUGGGUCAUGGUUUUGCUGUUAGGGUCGAUGACGAUGAUGCUGUGGUUGAUUAUGGUCCGGCCGGGGUUGAUGAUGGUGCGGUUGCGAUCGAUGAUCUGGGUGUUGUUGCUGAUGAUGUUGAUGCUGUGGUUGAUGGAGCCGCUGCUGAUGUUAAUGACGUCCCUUCUGUGGCUAAUGAAAUUAUUGCUGAGAUGAACGCUGUUGUCGUUUCUGCGAUUGACAUUAUCGCUGCUGGAAUUAACAUGGUUAAAAAUAUUGCAAGGCUUGACGCUACGCAUGCAGUCGAGACUCUUAGGGAAGGGUUUCUUGAAACACUCGUAAAUGUUGUUGAUGUGGGGGCGGAUGGGUUUGAUGAAAUUAUGGCUGCUGCUAAUGAAGUUGAGGGUGCUGACAUGGUUCGUGCUGUUGUUGCUACUGCAUUUAAUGUUUAUGUUGACAUUUACGAUAGGAUAUUUCAGGCUUGCCUGGAUUUUGUUGCUACAGGGGUGAAUGGUUUCAUUGACUCUGGGAAUCGUCUUGUUGCUUCAAGUUUUCAGCAGGUGCCCUUCUUGGUGCAUAAUUUUCUCGCUGACAUGGCUGAGGUUUGUGCUGCUGGGGUUGAUGGUUAUGUCGCUCCAGGUUCAUACAGAAUUGUUCCUUACAUGAUUGAUAGAGAAGGUGUUCUUGUCGAUGAUGGAACUGUUCCUGCUCUUCAUCCUGUUCUUGCUGGUGUUUUACCUGAUCGUCCCGGAACCACUGAUCCUAGUGUUUUCAUUCAUUUUGGAUAUGGCACGGUUUAUGCCGUUCUUGCUUCUGAGCACUUUGCAAGACACCGUAAUCCUAAAUUUCUAGCUGCUGCUGCUUUGAGCGUUUUCAUUGGUUUUGGUGUUCUGGCGCUUGAGGCUUACGGGAACGAGCUUGACGAAUCCGAUCUCCAAAUUGAGGAGUUGAUGCAGCUUUGGAUAGAAGAUCAUGAUAAUAACAACUUUGAUGAAUCAGAAGAUGAAGGUUUUUAUGAGGAAUAG